AUGGCGCCUCCUCACCACAAGUUCUCGCUGCGUUACGGCCACAGUUACCUCAAGAUUGCCAUAUUCUUUGAUGACGGAUCGGGCACUGUAGCCGAUAUCAAGCAGCUGAAGUUCGCUAUUGACAACACGCUCAAGACGGCGUUCGGAGUCGUGGGCGCUGCAGCCAGUGAGUUUGACGUCUUGGCCUUCGCGAAAAUGGCUACAAACAGCAGCGAGCCCAGUACAGCAUUGCUGCGCGUCCAGCGUAGCGGCCUCGAGGUUUUAUGGGGCGCCAUCACCAUGUGCACGUUAAUGAAUGGGAAGCUGUGCAAGCUGGAGGUGCUGCACACGGGUGACUCGCUCAUGGAUAUGGCUUCAGGGAGGUUUCUGUAG